AUGGAAUCAAACAAACUUGAUGUCUUUUGGCAGAAACAAACAAUUCAAUGUCUUGAGCAUGGUGGUGUACCAACUGAGGAGUUUGUUGAAGCAUUUAAAGAGAUGCUCUCCGGUGCUCGAAUCAAUAUGGACCCAAAGAGGCAAUGCCUCCUCCAAACAAUUCUGUCUCUGCAAGAACAAUUGAAAGAAUCUCAGGCCACGCUUGUGCUCGAGCAGGAAAAGUCUAAGUUUGCGACAAAAGAAGCUGACUUGGCUAAAGUAGCAUUGCUAUGCCGUAUCUGUUUGACCAAUGAAAUAGGUGUGACCAUGGUUCCAUGUGGUCAUUUGCUAUGUCAUCCAUGCUCAUCUGCUGUCUCCUGCUGUCCAAUCUGUGGAGUUCAACUUUCUACAGUAAUGAAAAUUUAUCGACCCUGAUGACAAUAAGUGUUCAAAGAUGUUUCCUACCCA